GCGACUUGCAAAACCACAGAUAAUGUUCAGCCCAGCACAGUAGGGGUCAAUUUGGUCCACUUGCUCAGUGACAAAAAGAAAAAAAAAGUGGGCUGUCACUUAAAGAUUUUGACUCACAAGAGAGGGGCUGGUCUGGAGGUGGGAGGAGGGAGUGACGAGUCAAGGAGGAGACAGGGACGCAGGAGGGUGCAAGGAAGUGUCUUAACUGAGACGGGGGCAAGGCAGGAGAGGGUGGAGGAAAUUCUGCAGGAGACAGGCUUCCUCCAGGGUCUGGAGAACCCAGAGGCAGCUCCUCCUGACUGCUGGGAAGGACUCUGGGCAUCUUCAGCCCUUCUUACCCUCUGAGGCUCAAGCCAGAAAUUCAGGCUGCUUGCAGAGUGGGUGACAGAGCCACGGAGCUGGUGUCCUUGGGACCCCCUGCCCGUCUUCUCUCCACUCCCCAGCAUGGAGGAAGGUGGUGAUUUUGACAACUACUAUGGGGCAGACAACCAGUCUGAGUGUGAGUACACAGACUGGAAAUCCUCGGGGGCCCUCAUCCCUGCCAUCUACAUGUUGGUCUUCCUCCUCGGCACCACGGGCAACGGUCUGGUGCUCUGGACCGUGUUUCGGAGCAGCCGGGAGAAGAGGCGCUCAGCUGAUAUCUUCAUUGCUAGCCUGGCGGUGGCUGACCUGACCUUCGUGGUGACGCUGCCCCUGUGGGCUACCUACACCUACCGGGACUAUGACUGGCCCUUUGGGACCUUCCUCUGCAAGCUCAGCAGCUACCUCAUCUUCGUCAACAUGUACGCCAGCGUCUUCUGCCUCACCGGCCUCAGCUUCGACCGCUACCUGGCCAUCGUGAGGCCAGUGGCCAAUGCUCGGCUGAGGCUGCGGGUCAGCGGGGCCGUGGCCACGGCGGUUCUGUGGGUGCUGGCCGCCCUCCUGGCCAUGCCUGUCAUGGUGUUACGCACCACCGGGGACCUGGAGAACACGACCAAGGUGCAGUGCUACAUGGACUACUCCAUGGUAGCCACUGUGAGCUCAGAGUGGGCCUGGGAGGUGGGCCUGGGGGUCUCGUCCACCACCGUGGGCUUUGUGGUGCCCUUCACCAUCAUGCUGACCUGUUACUUCUUCAUCGCCCAAACCAUCGCUGGCCACUUCCGCAAGGAGCGCAUCGAGGGCCUGCGGAAACGGCGCCGGCUACUCAGCAUCAUCGUGGUGCUGGUGGUGACCUUUGCCCUGUGCUGGAUGCCCUACCACCUGGUGAAGACGCUGUACAUGCUGGGCAGCCUGCUGCACUGGCCCUGUGACUUUGACCUCUUCCUCAUGAACAUCUUCCCCUACUGCACCUGCAUCAGCUACGUCAACAGCUGCCUCAACCCCUUCCUCUAUGCCUUCUUUGACCCCCGCUUCCGCCAGGCCUGCACCUCCAUGCUCUGCUGUGGCCAGAGCAGGUGCGCGGGCACCUCCCACAGCAGCAGUGGGGAGAAGUCAGCCAGCUACUCUUCGGGGCACAGCCAGGGGCCUGGCCCCAACAUGGGCAAGGGUGGAGAACAGAUGCACGAGAAAUCCAUCCCCUACAGCCAGGAGACCCUUGUGGUUGACUAGGGCUGGGAGCAGAGAGAAGCCUGGCACCCUCGGCCCUCCCCAGCCUUUGCCCUUGCUUUCUGAAAAUCAGGUAGUGUGGCUACUCCUUCUCCUAUGCACAUUCUCUAACUGCCCCCUGACUCCUGCCCCGCCCUGUCCUCCUCUACUGCUUUAUUCUUUCUCAGAGGUUUGUGGUUUAGGGGAAAGAGACUGGGCACUACAGACCUGACCCUGCACAAGCCAUUUAAUCUCACUCAGCCUCAGUUUCUCCAUUGGUAUGAAAUGGGGGAAAGUCAUAUUGAUCCUAAAAUGUUGAAGCCUGAGUCCAGACUCAAUAAAAGCUUGUUUCUCUCCGCUGCUUUCUUAGAUCUGCAAUGGUCUUUCCUCCCUCCUUCCCUUGUAGUUUUUCCCCCACCACUCUCUGCGGCUGUCGCUCCUCAUCCCCGCCUUCUGGCACCAAUCCCCUCCUAUAGCUCGUACGCCUCCCUCCAUCCCUCCUUCUCUCCUGUCUACUUUCUUGUUCUGAAGGGCUACUAAGGGUUAAGGAUCCCAAAGCUUGCAGAGACUGACCCUGUUCAAACUUUCUAUCCUGUUUUCUGAGUGUGAGGCAGGGAAUGGGCUGGGGCGGGGGGUGGGCUGUGUGUCAGCAGAUAAUUAGCGCUCCAGCCCUUAGAUCUGGGAGCUCCAGUGCUUGCCCUAAAAUUGGAUAACUUCCCUGUCAUUUCGGGCACUUGGGCUAGUGUGAUUCCUGCAGUUCCCCCAUGGCACCAUGACACUGACUAGAUAUGCUUUCUCCAAACUGUCUGCAGACCCUUUCAUCCUUCCUCUAUUUUCUACGGGAAUUGGAAGGCAGCAGGGCUGAUGAACGGAUGUACUCCUUGGUUUCAUUAUGUGAGUGGGGAGUUGGGAAGGGAAACUAGAGAGAGAGGAUGGAGGGGUGUCCGCAUUUAGUCCAGACACUGCUUGGCUCACUCCCUGAGUCCUCCUGUCUCUGAUUUCCUGCAGAACUGUGAGCUGAAGGGUUUCCUCGUCUCCCCAUCUUACCCCAUCAUAUUGAUUUCUUUCUUGGGCACUAGUGCUACUUGGUGCCAAGAGUCAUGUUGUUUGGGAUGGAGAUGCCUGCCUCUUGUCUGUGUGUGUUGUACUUACAUGUCUAUAUGAACAAGCCUGGUAUGAACAGCAGUGUGCCUGGGUCAUUUGGACGAAUCUCCUCCCACCCCCAAUCCACUGCAACUCUGCCGUUCACACAUUUACCCUUGGCAGGGGGUGGUGGGGGGCAGGGACACACUGAGGCAAUGCAAAAUGUAGAAUAAAAAUGAGUCCACCCCCCCACUGGAUUUGGGGGCUCCAACGGCUGGUCCGUGCUUUAGGAGAGAAGUUAAUGUUUGCACCAGGCUUCCUGCAGGGAGUUCUCUCCCCAAAGCAGCUGGCGCCAAGGCUUGGCGUCCUAUUGAGCUGGGUUCCUGCUCCUUCUUGGGCUCCAUGAAGGAAGUAAGAGGCUGGUUGAGAGCCUCCCUGGGCCCCUUUCUGGUGCCUCCCCGCCUCGCUUCAUAUUUAUGAACAUUGCCCUCAUGAUCCUUUCUUGUUCCAGGGUCAGUGGCCCUUUUCCUAAGGAGGCCUCCUGCUUGCCGUGGGCCAAAAGGCACGGGGUGGGUUUUUUCUCUCCCUACCCUCAGGAUUGGACCUCUUGGCUCUGCUGGAUUGGGGAUCUGGGAAUAGAGACUGGAGCAGGUGUGAUGGGGCAGAUGGCAUGAUGUCUACACUGCCAGAGAGACCGUGCAGAUGAAAUUAAUAGUGGGGCCUUUGUGAGCUAGCGGCGGGGAGUGUCUAUUCCGGGUUUUGUUCUUGGAGGACUGUGAAAGUGAAGGACAAGACAUGAGCGAUGGAGAUAAGAAAAGCCCAGCUUGAUGUGAAUGGACAUCUUGACCCUCCCUGGAAUGGCACCACCUCUGGGGGCAGAGGGAGGAGGAGAGGGGCAGGGGCUCCUUACAGCCUAGUCUGCCCAUCUUAAGACAGCAUCUUCCACAGAGUCACCUCCUCUGCCCAGAGCUGUCCUCAAAGCAUCCAGUGAACACUGGAAGAGGCUUCUAGAAGGGAAGAAGUUGUCCCUCUGAGGCCCCCGUGGGUGACCUGCAGAGACUUCCUGCCUGGAACUCAUCUGUGAUCUGGCACAGAAGUAGAGGAGGCUGCCUGCUGUGAUACCCCCUUACUUACCCCAGUGCCUUCUUCAGAAUGUCUGCACUGUCUUCUGACCCUGUUAGUCACUGUGGUUCAUCAAAUAAAACUGUUUGUGUAA